AAGACGCAGAUAACAGACGCAGGCAGCUGAAAAAGGGGGAGAAAUAGCAAGCAAAGUCAAACAGAGCGACAAGAGCCUCGUUGCAACAUCAGUCGUGCGAAUUACGCUGCACAAAACCAGCGCGACGCGCCGCAGUGCAUAAAAGUUGCAAAAAAAAAGAAUAGCUUGACGUCGUCGUGUUUGUUUCAAAUCACGCGCACAAUCAUUUUGUCCACGUGUCUCGGCAAUCAUUGCAUCGUCACUUGCGAUACAGUCUGUGUCAUUAAGCUUAGCUAGAGCUCCGAGAGUGACAACUAAAGAACAUUCAAUUUGUGCCAAAGAACACUUGACUCCAAUUUCCAAGUAUAAUGAAAACGCAAUCGACCAGCAUGCUUCCUGUUAAAAAUCUGGACGCAUUGCUAAUGCAAACGUACGGUUCAGAUUUUCAAAUACACGAUGUGGAGUGGAAACAAUUAACAGAUCCAGGAGAAAACUUCGGUAGCCAGAUAUUAGCAAUUACUGUUAAUGCCGAACAAAAUGGCAAAAAGAAAACCUUAAAUAUGGUUGUUAAACUACCACCAAAAUCACAGUACUUGCUAGAUUUGUUCGACAGUCCAAUAACUUUUAAAAAAGAAUUGGAUUUCUACAGCACUGUAGCGCCGGAGUUUUUAAAACUACAAAACGAAAGCGGAAUUCCUGAAGAGGCUCUAAGCGACAUUACACCGCGAUUUUUAGGUGGCAGAUUAGGCUUACGAGAUCCGCAGUGUUUCGACGAGCAAGCCACGAUCAUUUUAGAAAAUUUGAAGAACGACAAUUAUACGACGCAAGAUCGCAUUCUCGGUUUAGAUAAAAUGCACAUGGAUUUUGCGAUCAGUCACUUAGCCAAAAUGCACGCCAUAACGAUCGGCUUGAAACUCAAGAAGCCUGAUUUCUUCAAAAGAGUAGUGCUACCCAUUCUCGAGUACGCCGUGAACGAGGAUGCAAAAGAUUGUGUAAUUGAUAUGGUACAGAAGGCGCACAACGAUUACAAAAAUAUGAAAGAAGCGGAAUCUUAUCUGAACAAGAUCGAGAAAACGCUCGAGUAUGCGAAGAGCGUCACCAUAACACCGAAAGAACCCUGGACGACAUUGGUACACAACGAUUUCUGGGUGAAUAAUAUGUUGUUUAAAUACGAUAAGACAGACAAGCUGAUCAAUAUGAAAAUUGUAGACUUUCAAUUGACGAUCUACGACUACGGCGUGCAUGAUCUCAUAUUUUUCCUCAUAUCAAGUUCUCGAAAAGAAGUACUCGACGAACAUCUCGACGACAUGAUUGACUUGUAUUACAACUCUUUCAUCAAGUGUUUGGAAUCGCUAAGCGUGAACACAAACAUAUUUCCUAAGAGCCAGUUUAUGGAGCAAUUGAAUCAGUGCGCUCCCAUCAGAUUCAAGCAAUGCAUUAUGAUGGUGCAGGUAAUCCAAGCGGCACGUGGCUCCGUUACAGAAUCAACUGAUACUGCGGAGAAAGAUGUUUUCAAGGGUAGCAUCAAUGACGAGAACUACAAACAAAAAAUGCUCCACAUCUUGUCUGUAUUCGAUCGAAAGGGAUGGUUUGUGAAAUGAUUAGAAGUAAAAGAAUAUUUUUGAAAAAUCAAUCCUUUCGUAGAGAAUUAUUUUGUUUGCCUAUAAAAUAAUAAUCGCCAAAUAAUAUAAUAAUAAUAGAAAAAAUUGACAAGUAUUUUAUAUAAUCGUAUUUAUAAAAUUGUAUAUAAGUAUAGACAAGGAAAUAAUUUUUUAAGACAAUAUUAAAACAUAUUAAGAACCAAAGCUAGUGAUUAUAUUGAUAUAUAUGAAUAUUUGAUUAAGUCAAUAAUUGUUAAGAUAUUUAAAUAUUAACGCAAAAGAUACAAUUUAUCUAUUAUGAUGCUAAAAAUGUGAUCAAUACUUGUCACAUUUUACUUCUCAUUUAGACAUAAAAUAGAGAACUCGAUCAUGCCAAUAUGUAAAUAUUGUAAAGUAUUGUUGUAUAUGAAAAUAUUGUAAAUGUCAAUAUGAAAUAGUGUUUUCUAAUAAAAAUUAUAUAUAUA